AUUGGCUGCUGGCUGGGUCAGAGGUCACGUCCGCGUUAGCGCUGACGUUGUCCAAAGGAGGAAAAUGGCGAUGGGUUGCUUGUCAAUGAGGGACACCGCGACUCCUGCAACAUUAACCUGCAAAAGACGGCGUGCUACAAUGGUUCCCACGCUGUCUGGCGGAUUCAGCAGAAGCGCUCUGCUUGUUUUAUCUGUGGCAUUAAUGUUGCAGGUAGUUUUAGGAGACGGAAAGACUCUCGUUCUGCUGGACAAUCCCAACAUCAGAGACACUCAUUCAAUCUUCUUCCGCAGUUUAGCAGAUCGUGGGUUUGACCUUACCUUCAAAACUGCUGAUGAUCCUGGUCUCUCUUUGAUCAAGUACGGCCAGUUCCUCUACGACCAUCUCAUCAUUUUCUCUCCAUCGGUGGAAGAUUUUGGGGGCAGCAUCAAUGUAGAGACCAUUACAUCCUUCAUUGACGGUGGAGGAAAUGUUCUUGUUGCUGCCAGCUCUGAUAUUGGUGACCCUCUGAGAGAGCUAGGCAGUGAAUGUGGGAUUGAAUUUGAUGAGGAGAAAACUGCUGUCAUUGACCACCAUAACUAUGACGCUUCUGAUCCUGGUGAGCACACCCUGAUUGUUGCAGAUCCAGAGAAUCUUCUUAAAGCCCCAACUAUAGUUGGCAAGCCCACUGAUAAACCAGUCCUGUUCAAAGGUGUUGGCAUGGUGGCUGAUCCAGAUAACUCUCUGGCGCUGGACAUUCUGACAGGAUCCUCCACCUCUUACUCCUACUUCCCUGAUCGCCCCAUCACGCAGUAUCCUCAUGCAGUUGGAAAGAACACCCUCCUGAUCGCCGGUCUGCAGGCAAGAAACAAUGCACGUGUGGUUUUCAGCGGGUCACUGAUUUACCGCUGAUUACAGAACCGGCUUUCUGACAAGAUGCGCGUUAAAAUAUCGCAUGCGAUUUAUCGUGCAGCCCUAAAUAUUCUUAGGUAUGAACAGACUGGUAACCAGGAGCUGGCUGAGGCCCUGUCCCGCUGGGUGUUUAAGGAGGCUGGUGUUCUUAGGGUUGGGGCUGUUACCCAUCAUCCAGUUGGAGAGAGCACUCCCCCUGCUGCCUACACCAUCACUGACCUUGUGGAAUACAGCAUUGUGAUUGAGAUGUUGUCUGGUGGAAAGUGGGUGCCUUUUGAUGGAGAUGACAUUCAGCUGGAGUUUGUCAGAAUUGAUCCAUUUGUUAGGACCUACCUCAAGAAAAAUGGUGGAAAAUACAGUGUACAGUUCAAGCUUCCAGAUGUAUAUGGAGUUUUUCAGUUCAAAGUUGACUACAACAGACUUGGCUACACGCACCUGUACUCCUCAACCCAGGUUUCUGUCCGCCCCUUGCAGCAUACCCAAUAUGAGCGCUUCAUCCCCUCUGCCUUUCCAUAUUAUGCCAGUGCCUUCUCUAUGAUGGCAGGACUCUUUGUUUUCAGUGUCGUCUUUCUACAUAUGAGAGAAAAAGAGAAGUCUGAUUAAAAUGAGAAUCAGUGGAGUACAAGAAAAUGUAAAAAAAAGCUGAUGGGCUUCGGACCUCUGGCAGUCAUGAUGAAUAGAGAUCUGAAAUUUGUUGGUAUGGGCUUGUUUUGGUGAGUUGGAGGGUGUGCCAUUACAACUAAAAGCAACACUUGUAAAUUUUUUGAAGGGGGGUUGUGUAGUCUAACAAAAGAUAUGUUUUUGUUUUCUGGUUUACCAUUUGUUAAUUUAAAGUGAUUUGGGGCACACUUCAAGUUUUAUUUGUACAAAAGGUAACUUGAAUUGGUUUUAUGAUACAACAUGCACUGAUGCUUUGGCUCUUGCUAUGAAAUGUUUGUUUUGAAAAUUACCAUUUGUAAAAAGAGGAAUGGAUGCUCACAAUGUGGUUAAUACACCUGAAGAUAGUAAAGUUUUAACAUUCCAACACUAAA